GAGGAGGGGGCGCAGACGCAGUGGGCAACCAGCGGCCGUCCAUCACAACACAAAUAUUGAGCUGUGUGGAUUGAUGUGUGUGUGUGUGACCAUUGUUGUUGUGUGUCCUAGUGCCUGUGUGUAGGAGGUUAUCUAUGUGUUUCACCAAGAGGAGGAGGAGAAAAGCGUGGAGGUACUACUAACAAAGAAGAAGUAUGCUGGCAUGCUGAAGAAGACGCUGAGUCGAGGGGGCCGGGCUCAAAACCUUGGGAAGCGCAGCAGAGAAGAGAAAGAAAAAUGUUCGUGGUGGAAGAGCUGUCACCCUGCGUAACCCUCUCGUCCUAGUGCACAGUGGAGCUCUGGGCCUGGCAGGAGAGCUCUAGGCCUAAUAGAACAUCCCCAUAGAGCUCUCCCACACCCUAAAGAGCUCCUGAUGACAUGGCGGGGCUGCCGGCCGUCUAUAUCACCGACUAUGACCCUGACCCCAGCCUGCCAGAGCCUUGCAGGGACAAGUAUUACAUAUUCACGAAUGACGGGAUGGAGAUGCUGGAGGGGGAGGAGGGGGACGGGCAGCCGGUCAAGCAGGUGGUGGUUGGGAUCUGUGCUAUGGAGAAGAAGUCCGGAUCCAAGCCCAUGAAGGAGAUCCUCACCCGCCUGGAGGAGUUCGAGUUCAUCCGCACAGUCAUCUUCCCAGAGGAGGUGAUUCUGAAGGAGCCAGUUGACAAGUGGCCGCUGUGUGACUGCCUCAUCAGCUUCCACUCCAAAGGGUUCCCGCUGGAGAAGGCGCAGGCGUACACGGACCUCAGGAAGCCCUACAUCAUCAAUGACCUCGAGAAACAGUAUGAUCUUCAGGAUCGGCGGGUGGUGUACAACACUUUACAGAGGGAAGGCAUCGAGCUGCCACGCUUUGCCAUCCUGGACAGAGACUCAAAAGACCCAUCAAAACGGGAGCUAAUAGAGGGGGAGGACCAUGUCGAGGUUAACGGCGUCAUAUUCAACAAACCCUUCGUGGAAAAGCCAGUGUCAGCCGAGGACCACAACAUCUACAUCUACUACCCCACGUCGGCGGGGGGCGGGUCGCAGCGGCUGUUCCGAAAGAAAGAGAGAGAGAGAGACUCAUACCAUCUGCUUGGCAUAGUGAAGGUGAUCAUUCUCGACUCAUUCCUCAACCCAGCACUGCAGUUACUCAUGGUGUGUUUCCAGCUGGGGUCUAGGAAGGAUGGAGAAGAGAGAACAGUGGAGAUUGGUUCCAGGAGUAGUGUGUAUUCCCCGGAGAGCAGAGUAAGGAAAACAGGUUCUUACAUCUACGAGGACUUCAUGCCCACAGACGGAACAGAUGUUAAGGUGUACACAGUAGGUCCCGAUUAUGCACAUGCCGAGGCGCGAAAGUCCCCAGCGCUGGACGGCAAGGUGGAGAGGGACAGCGAAGGGAAGGAAGUGCGCUACCCAGUCAUCCUCUCUAACGCCGAGAAGCUGAUUGCGAGGAAAGUGUGCCUGGCCUUCAAACAGACCGUGUGCGGGUUUGAUUUGCUAAGAGCGAACGGCAAAUCUUACGUGUGUGAUGUCAACGGGUUCAGCUUCGUCAAAAACUCCAGUAAAUAUUACGACGACUGUGCCAAGAUCCUGGGCAACAUGAUCCUCAGAGAGUUGGCGCCCACCUUCCACCUCCCCUGGGCCAUCCCCUUCCAGCUGGAUGACCCGCCCUUCGUGCCCACCACCUUCGGCAAAAUGAUGGAACUGCGGUGCGUUGUGGCGGUGAUCAGACACGGAGACAGAACGCCCAAGCAGAAGAUGAAGAUGGAGGUCAGACAUCCAAAGUUCUUUGCGUUAUUCGCCAAAUACGACGGGUACAAGGACGGCCACGUGAAGCUAAAGAAGCCCAAGCAGCUACAGGAGGUGCUGGACAUUGCUCGGUCACUGCUCGGGGAGAUCGAACAGAAGCGCGCCGAUCCGGAGACAGAGGAGAAGAAAGGCAAACUGGAGCAGCUCAAAAGUGUCCUUGAAAUUUUUCUAAAGGAGCUCAGGUUGCAAGAGGAACAACUUUGCUGUAUGACGUACGGCCACUUCUCAGGCAUCAACAGGAAGGUGCAGCUCAAGUACCAGCCGAGGGGGUGGAAGAGGCGCUCCAGCAGUGAGGAGGGAGACUCACCUCGGGAGCCGUCGCUGGUCCUCAUCCUGAAGUGGGGUGGCGAGCUGACUCCGGCCGGCAGGGUGCAGGCCGAGGAGUUUGGUCGCAUUUUCCGGUGCAUGUACCCGGGAGGACAAGCUAAUGUGGACAACACAAGAUUUGACUUAACAACAGAACGGUCAGAGUGGAUUGACGAGUCAGUGACUGGAUGUGAGUAUGCCGGGACACAGGGCCUGGGCCUGUUGCGGCUACACUCCACCUACCGACACGACCUCAAGAUCUACGCCAGUGAUGAGGGGCGGGUACAGAUGACAGCGGCAGCGUUCGCCAAGGGACUCCUCGCGCUGGAGGGAGAAUUGACCCCAAUACUCGUCCAGAUGGUCAAGAGUGCAAACACCAACGGACUUCUCGAUAAUGACUGUGACUCCUACAAACACCAGAACAUGGUUAAGAAUCGGUUACAUGAAGCCAUGCAGCAGGACCGAGUCAUGACCCAGGAGGACAUGGAGAAACUCAACCCCUGCAACUCACGCUCAAUCUCCACGGCCCUCGAGUUUAUUCAGAACCCGGUGAAGAUGUGUGAACACGUCAACACACUCAUCAAGAAGCUGAAUGAACGUAUUAAAAUUAGGAAGGACGACCAAAAGACAAAAGAACUGCCUCUGUAUCAUGGUGAGUCCUGGGAGCUGAUGCAGCGGCGGUGGGCCAAGCUGGAGAAAGACUUCCGAACAAAGAACACCAAGUUUGACAUAUCCAAGAUCCCUGACAUCUACGACUGCAUCAAGUACGACCUGCAGCACAACCACCACACGCUGCAGUUUGAACAUGCCGAGGAGCUCUACAAGUGUGCCAAAUACCUGGCAGACGUUGUCAUUCCCCAGGAGUAUGGAAUGACCCCCCAGGAAAAGAUGGCCAUUAGUCAAGGCAUCUGCACGCCUCUCUUGAAGAAGAUUCGAGCAGACCUUCAGCGUAACAUCGGGGAGGAGGAGAGCGGGGAGAAUGCCGGGGAGAGCAUCAACAGAUUAAACCCAGUGUAUUCCCAUGGAGUGAGCAGUCCCAGCCGCCACGUGAGGACCCGCCUUUACUUCACCAGUGAGAGCCACAUCCACUCGCUCCUCACCGUUCUUCGCUUCGGUGGACUCAUUGAUAACCCCAAAGACGAACAGUGGAGUCGUGCCAUGGACUACAUAGGUGCCGUGUCGGAGCUGAACUACCUGAGCCAGAUCGUGGUGAUGCUCUACGAAGACCCCACGAAGGACCCUUCCUCAGACAACAGGUUCCACGUGGAGCUUCACUUCAGCCCGGGCGUCAACUGCUGCGUGCACAAGAACCUUCCGCCCGGCCCUGGUUUCAGGCCCAAGAGUCGCAAUGAACCGGAGAAGUAUCACGUGUGCCUUCCCCGGCCUGGGGCGGCCGUCACUGUGCCCUUAUCACCAAAGGCCGAGGCAGAGAUGAGAAGGGCUCGGGCCACUUCUCGGAUAGAUGAGGAGGACCUUCAGUACAUCCUGGAGGAGAUGUGUGAGGGGGAGAAGGAGGGCGGGUUAGGAGCCAGUCUGGGGGAGCGAGUGGACAGUCAAUCUCGCAGGACCUCGUCCUCAUCAGGCCCCACAGAGACAAGAAGCAAGGAGGGUGAAAGCAAGGUCUUGUUGUCCCCCCCAACAAAGGAUGAGGUUGAGAGCUACGCUGAGCUGCCGAGUGGUGUCCUGCAGCCCGGAGGAGUGGAUGCUGUUGAUGGUGAACUUGUGAUCGCCAAGUCCGAGCCCAUCCCCAUCAGCGCCAGGUCACACUCGGACUGUGGACUGGUGCCUCUUGGGGACAUGCUGCGUCCUUACCCCAUCACACGGUCACUGUCGGAUGGAGCGUCGUCGUACCAGCGGUCACUGUCGGGUGGAGAGAGUGUGCCGCGGCCUCGCUCCCUCGAGGCCGACAACGUCCUGAACCAAGACAGCACGCCACGGCCUGAGAAAGCCGGCAGCUCCAGCCUUGACUCCCUCAGUGAAGAAGGUGAGCCAUCGUCCUCACCUCUAAGCCAUUGCCCUCAAAACUGGAGUACCGGAAGUGAGAGCAUGAAGCGCCACCGUCACAGCAUUCCCGGCCACCUCUCCUACCUGUCCUUCCUGGCGGGGCUGCAGCAGAAGGCCACCGCCGCCGUGCCCGUCUUCUCCACGGCCGUCAUCUCUGGCUCUACAUCGGCCCCGGACCUGAGAGACAACUUUUCAGCUCUUCCAUUCUCUGCAAACCUUGAGGGCCUUGGGGGGGUGCCAUCCAUCCGGCCUCUUGAGACCCUCCACAACGCCCUGGCCCUCCGUCAGCUGGAUGCCUUCCUGGAGCGCAUGGCCUUGGCACAGUUCCGCACGCCACUCUCCUCGCCCCCCAAGAUGCCCUCCACCCCAAGGCAUCCACGCACCUCCCUCCCUCUCGGCCUCCAGUCUCCUUCUUCCAGUGUUGGCUGGUCUGGACCCCCAUCCUUCGUGUCAUCCUCCGGCCCCUCCUCCCCCAAUAUCAACACUCUGGAGUUCUUCUCACACCAGCACCGCUGCUACGACACCAACACACCACAACCAGCAUCACCCAAGUUCUUCAGCACAGCUCCCUCCCUCACUACCACCACCACCACCACAAUCACCACUGCUCAGCAUGAACACGCUCACUACAACAACCCUUACACAGCCAGAGCCCCCGACACAUACGCUGCCAAUGAUAGAGGUGUUUUUUAUGCUGAGGUGAAUGCUGCUGCUGUUAGGUUUCUCUUACAACUAAACACCAGCACCAAGCCUCAUCCUGACACGGGCCUUCCUGACUUCUCUGCCCAGCAUGCUAAUGUAGAUGAGCUCAGUAGUGCUGAUGGGGGGGUGGGGGCGGUAGAGAACUCCGGUGAGAUGAGUGACCCCGCCUCGCCAUCAGAGGGUUCGGAGAGCUUAGGGUCCCAUUCCCAGACUGAGGUGGCCUCCAUCAUAGAGAGAGGAGACACGGCCACGCCAGACACUCACAGCGACGUUCAAGACCAAGAAAUAUCAUGCCAAGAAACCACAGAACCUGAGAAUCUCCUGUCCGUCACGAACAACAGAGGUGCCGCCUCCUCAGAGUGAGCUGUGGCGGUGUGUGUGUGUGUGUGUGUGUGUGUGUGUGUGUGUGUGUGUGUGUGUGUGUUUGGGUGUGCUGAGAGCAUCAAGCCUUCAUUCCAGUGUCAAUAUAUAAUUAAAAUGGAAGUCAUUAUGUUUGUGAUUGUUUGUAAGAAUAUUUGUCUAGAGAGCUUUGGGUGCAUGUGCUGAGUGGUGUGUGGUGGUGUGCCUGGCCCUGGUGUGUGCCAGCCCGCAGCACAGCGAGGGCAGCGGCGGGGCAGGGCGGCAUGGUAGGGAUCCUGUGUUGGUCUGCAGGAAGAGUGUUUGUUGUCCCAUACCAUUAACAAUCAGACUGAAUCAUGAAAGAAGAUAAAUCAGAAUCUUUUUAAUGAGAAUCACUUGUGUUGCUAAAGUUCCCUACAAUUUCUGAUGCAGUAACUGACAUUCAGUAUUGCGAACCACAGAGAAGAGAAUUUAUAUAUAUCUAUAUUUUUAAGUGAAUGAAUUUUUUGUUGAAUGAGUAAUGUAAGUGAGGAUAUAAUAUAUAUAUAUAUUUCUAUAAAGAAAAUGCUAGACUGGACAAUAUAAGGCUGUGAAUGGAGCAACUGUGAAAAUUUAUGGCAAGACGUCGUUGUUAGCUAAAACUCUCCCGCUGAAAGUCUUCAUAUUUAUACAAUUUUGUUAGUUUUUUCCUUGAUGUCCCUUGGUGUGGGCAGGAGUAUGGCUGCUGUGUGCUGUUGUUGCAUGCUGGUGUACAUGCCUUCCCAAACACCCGACUACAAAGCUCAAGUGCGACCCCUCUGAGGAAAAGCUAAACAUCUCCCUUUUGUUCACAGAUAUUGUUGAGGAGUAUGGGGCUCUUGAUCCUCUCCUUAGGUAUUACUAGUGGGGCGGCCUGACUCAGUGCCUCCUGUCACAUACCCAGCAGGCACGUGUUCCAGUGCGUGCCUGUCUGGCCUCCUGAUACACGAUUCUCAGCAUUGUUUCAGCAGGUUGUUGUGCACCUCAGAAAAAGGGGAAGCAAUGUGCAAUCUGUUCUUAGCAUCCUUCAUUCUUUUGGUAUAGUGCUCUGAAGAAAGGGAAAACUAUACAAUCUGUUCUCAGCAUCCUUCAUUCUUUUGGUAUAGUGCUCUGAAGAAAGGGAAAACUAUACAAUCUUUUCUCAAAAUCCUUCAUUCUUUUGGUAUAGUGCUCUGAACAAAGGGAAAACUAUACAAUCUGUUCUCAGCAUCCUUCACUCUUUUGUCACAGUGCUGAACGAAAAGUAAAAUGUACAAUCUAAUGUGCCAUAGUGGAGUCCCAAGAGAAAAUGACACGAUCACUGCAACCCUUUUUCUUGUGUGUGUCUUCUUUUCUCGUCACAAAGACAGGGAGCAGCGCCUUCUGUUCCCCUCCCCCACAUGUGUUGUGCUCAGAGUCAUUAUUUGCUCACCUGUUUUCAGUAUUUAGUUAAGUCCUUAGGGUGAUUUACUCAGUUCAAAAAUGGUUUCCUGUACUCUGUUGGUUUUCAGUCAGAUUUCAUUAUCAGUAAAGUUAUUUGAUCAUG